CAACUCUUCCCCUAAGAGCUCUCUCACUUUCUUAUUCACACACGCACACACACACACACACUCACUUUCUCUCUUUUUCUAAGCUACAUUCUUCACACAUCUAGAGAAAAUGAAGGCAGCAUACAUUAUGAUGGUAGUGUGCACUGUACUGGUAGUUCUGGUAGCCAAACCACAAGUCACAAUGGCUGUAACUUGCAGCCCGACACAGCUUAGUGUAUGCGUGAGCGCGAUCACCACAUCAACUCCGCCAUCUCAGCUUUGCUGCAGCAAGAUUAAGGAGCAAAAGCCCUGCCUCUGCCAAUACCUUAAGAAUCCAACCCUCAAGAAGUUUGUGGACUCACCUAAUGCCAGGAAAGUUGCCAACACCUGCAAAACUCCCUAUCCCAAGUGCUGAACUCAACUCAUAAUUAUUACUCCUUCAAGAGAUUCACUCUCUCUCUCUCUCUCUCUCUCUCUCUCUCUCUCUAUCAUAUGGAUAAUGCUGGCUUAACUUUGUGUGUUUUUGGUUAUGUUAUUAUAUAUUUCUAUGUUGCUAUGGCUAAGGCACUUAGUUGUGAUGAGAAAUAAUAUGUUGGGGACUUGUUUAGAUGUCUUGUGCAGGUUUUUUUUAAAAUUUUUUUGUUUUCGAUGGUGUGUUUGUAGAAGACAGUAGUUGUUGUUGUUGCAGAAGGAUUAUUUGUAUUUAUAACAAGUGUUGGAUCAUGUCCA